AUGGGUUUCAACAAAAACUUGAACAACUUCUUGGCCGCCAUUCUCUUCCUCUUUCUCCUGAUCAUCACCCCCACUUCCCCUUCCCCUUCCUCCCCCCAUGAAAUCCAACCCAAAGCCCCGCCGGCCGCCAUUCACGGCCCCCCGGCGGAGUUCCGAGUGUUCCACCACAAGAACACCAACACAUUCUUCUUAGACAAAGAAGAAGAGCUCAUGAGCAAGAAGAAGAGGAUGAUCAGCAGAAGGAAAAUCCCGAAAAGAAAGAAGAUGAAGAAGAACAGGAUCAAAGCCGCCAGGCCUUUCUCAGUGAUGCUUCCAAAGGGUUUUGUCCCUCCCUCAGGUUCAUCUCCUUGCCACAAUGAAUACCCCACAUCCGUCUCCUACUGCGAGCUCUCCACCACAAAACCAUAG